GUUCAACACUCCGCGAUUGGGCAAUAGGAAUAUACAGGAGCUCGGUGGUGACCGUUCCGAUAGAGACGCCUCCACCUGCCGUGUAGUAUAUGCCGGAUAGAUAGUUUGCGGCAUUGCUGUCUUCUACUUCUCUAUUUUGCUCCGAUUUUACUUCUGCUUCUUUCUUUUUUUUUUUCUCUUUUAAGGGUCUCUUUCAACUGCGGCGUUCUUGCGGAUUUUGAGGCACUAGGGAAGGACAAAGAAUUCUGCAACAAAAUGGAACAAUCUUCCCCGUUGGCUGCUAUGCAGCCUCCUUCAGUGCUCUUUGGACACUGCUUUCGCUCGGAUGCUCGGACAUCCUAUCCUUCAUUUAGUCCCAUGGCUGGGCUCAAUCCAAACAGCUUCAACUUCAAAGAUUUAUCCAUGAAAAGAGGCCAUGGCGCCGAUUACUUCAAUGUGAAAGGCUCGUCUCCUACAGCUAGCCUUGCUGCGGAUCUGUCUCAAAAUUUUCAUAUCGACCAGAGUCCUCAGCUAGCCACUCCCCGGCGGUCUUUGUUCUCCUCCAACCUGUUUGGGAAUGGUCACAGGCGUGAGGAAACAAUGACAACACCUCCGCUGUCUUCCUCACCUGCCCCAGCAAUGGAUAUUAUGGAAAUGUCUCCGCUACCACACAAACCCCCGUUUAACAAUUCGGAAGCUGAACUGCGCACCCCUACAAUCGAGAUCUCGUGUAUGGACACGCCCAUGAGGUCUAACGCUGCCAGUCCGCUACAGGAUUCUCCCUUGGUUACCCAGAAGGAAGGCCAGCAUGAGAGGAAACGCCCGACGUUUCUCAGGCCCAGCCUAGCGAGAAGCAAAGCUCAAUCCUUCCAAUUGGGGAUGACCAAACCCGCUCCGGAGAGCCAAGCUCCGCCGUUUAAAUUUCAAAGCAAGGGAAUUAAGACCUCGUUGAGCACCUCGGCUUCGUUGGAGGAUAUGUUUAAUGAAUCACCGCAACGCGAACGGCCGUCAUUGAGGAAUCAUUCGGUCCAUGGUUUGGUUAACCCGCGCCUGAGACCCACGUUGGGCAGGGAGACAAGCCAUGUUCGUGGAAAUGGAUCUCCGUCUGCAGCUUCAAUUCGCAAGAACUCCCACCCCAUGAUGCGCCCUCGUAAACAGUGCCGACGUUCGUUGAGCAUGUUUGAGAACCCCGAGGAUGUGAUGGUCGAAAAAGAGGCUUCUUUUACAUCAAAUGCACCACUUCAGUCCAUUUGCGACAUCGAAGGAACCCCCAGCCUACAAUUGCCUCACUUCUUACCUGAGGACCAAGCUGAUACACUGCCUCGCAUCGACAAAAGCAUUCUCGUGGACCUCAUGGAUGGGAAAUUCAACGACCGAUUCGACAAUGUCCUGAUCAUUGACUGUCGUUUCGAGUACGAAUAUGAGGGAGGUCAUAUAACUGGAGCUGUGAACUACAAUGACAAGGACAAUCUCGCUGCGGAACUGUUCACUAGCCCGAAGCAGAGGACCGCAUUGGUUUUGCACUGCGAGUACUCUGCACAUCGCGCCCCUAUUAUGGCCAAAUACAUCCGCCAUCAGGAUCGUGCUUUCAAUGUGGAUCAAUACCCACACCUUACCUACCCGGAUAUGUACAUUUUGGACGGGGGCUACAGUGGUUUCUUUGCUGAGCAUCGGACGCUGUGCUUUCCACAGAACUAUGUGGAAAUGUCUGCCAAGGAAUACGAGUUUGCCUGCGAGCGUGGCCUCGGAAAGGUCAAGCAAAGGUCAAAGCUGAGCCGCGCUCAAACAUUCGCCUUCGGUCAGACAUCUCCCCAGAUGGAAGAUAGUCCCACUGGGAGGUGUCGGAACAACCCUGGUGACCGAAACAGGUUGUUGGGAUCUCCAUUUGCGGAGAGCCCCGUCUCCGGUCGCUUCCCCGGCCGCCGCAUGCUUUCCUACUGAUAGUCCUCGCGGACUGUCCAAUUCAAUUUUCUAAGCCAAGGCUCAAUAUAAUGACGCUAUUGAGCAUGGCGCUAUGCUAUUACUGC